UAUAAGGUCAAAUAAUUUGUGACACUUGUUUAAAAACCUGAUGACGUGAACGAGAAAUUAAGAAAGCAAGUUAUAUUGUUAAUUUUUUAACUGGUUCUAACCUUUUUUAAUUGGCCUUUCUUAAUACCAGUCAAGCUGUAUGUAAAUUUGGAUCUUGUCUAGGUUCUGGGACAUGACCAAUGACAGCUAGACGUCGACAUACGCCCACCGAAAACAAAUCAAACGGGCAAGGAGGCUGGAUCGUCUCCAAUUUUAAUCCAACCAAUAAUCAUCAACCACUUGAAAUGACGUGUCGAGAUCGAACCAACGAAUUUAUGUCUGCUGUUAAGUACAUGCAGUCCAGAACGGGAAAUGGAGUCACAACAAUCAAUCGGCAGACUGCAAGACAAGUUCAACAUAGUGAUUUUAUGAGAAUGGCCAAGCAUAUUGGCAGUGACAUCAAUCAAACAUUUACAAAACUGGAAAAAUUAACAAUAUUGGCUAAAAAGAAAUCUUUAUUUGAUGAUAAAUCAGUUGAAAUUCAAGAACUGACAUAUAUAAUUAAACAAGAUAUUAACAGUCUAAAUAAACAAAUUGCAAAACUUCAAGAGUUUGUGAGGCGGAAUAACUCUCAAAAUGGCCGACAAAUGCAAACACAUUCCAACACAGUGGUUCUGGCAUUGCAAUCAAAGUUGGCGAACAUGUCCAACGAUUUUAAAUCAGUUCUCGAAGUACGGACACAGAAUCUUAAAGAUCAGAAGGACAGGAGAGAACAGUUUUCACAAGAUCAGCUGACGACGAGUCUACCACCGUCUGCUUCCAGCGGAAAUAUACGAUCGGUUCUGGUAGAUGAUGAAGCUGCCAGUCGGGGUGAUGCUGUUAUAAACAUGCCCUUUGACAGACCUCAACAGAGCUCAAUGCAACUUGUUGAGCAACAGGACACGUAUAUUAAGGACCGUGAAGAAACAAUGCAAAAUAUAGAGAGUACAAUUGUUGAAUUAGGUGGUAUAUUUCAACAGCUGGCACAUAUGAUCCACGAACAGGAGGAACAAGUUCAAAGAAUUGAUUCAAAUGUUGAUGAUGCAUAUUCAAAUGUUGAAAUGGCCCACGGAGAGAUACUCAAGUAUUUCCAAUCAGUAACUUCAAAUCGAUGGCUGAUGGUCAAAGUGUUUGGUGUGCUUAUUGUCUUCUUCAUCAUAUUCGUUGUCUUCAUGGCGUAAUGAACGAGUGACGUGAAGAGAAGUAACGAGCGAUCGAUGACUCAACAAAUCGCCGAAGCACUAAAGCCCUGUCCAGACUAUCAAAUUUUAUUUGACAAAAACAUGUGAUAUGCCUAAAUAUGGUCAUGAUGACAUCACAUCAUGACCAUAUAUAGGCACAUCAUGACUAUAUAUGGGCAUACAACAGUUUUUUGUCAAAGAAAAUUUGAUAGUGUGGACGGAGCUUUGGUGUUAAAAAUUUCUCUCACAAGUUGACAGCAUAUUUCACACUCAGUUGCUGACACCAGAACGUGGGCCUAUGACACUCACUGAGAGAACCACCUAAGAAGGGAAGGGUAAAUUUAUGGUUUACCCCAGCUUUUUAAGUGCCAUCUCUGCGUUUGUGAGAAAUUACUACUGUUUUUAAUGACGACAGGGCACUAGUUAACAUUUUUUGAAGCGGUUUAAGUGGUAAUGAAUUAGUGUGGGUCCGUUAUCUUUGCGAUGAUUUAUUUUAAGCCAGCAUUCGCCCAGGUAAGCCUAUGAAAGUUCUGAUAGAGAACAUUGUUUGAUUAAUCUAUUGUUCCAGUCCUUGUGUAUCAGCCAGUCCUUGGCUGAUGAAAAAAUAGAACAAUGAGACUCAAACCUGAAUUGCAUGACAAUCAGCUGAAAUAAGUAACUGUCCCUUCAAUUUCUAUAAAAAUUUAAAAGCAUAAAUUAUUAAGCUUAGUCGACACUAUCAGUUUGCGUGAUGUGCCCAUAUAUGGGUAUGAUGAUGUCAUAUUACACCCAAAUAUGGGCAUAUCACUUUUUUUCACAUCAAAUUCGGUAGUUUCGACAGUGCUUUAAAGUUAUUAUAAAUCCCUUUAAUUUGCUAAACUCCACCUUAUUUUAUCGUCUUUAUAUUUUUAAGCACAUAGUUUUUUAUUCCUGGCUCAUUUAAACUUGUUUAAAUUAAUAUAUAAUGAACUGCAUAAUAUAAUUAGGAAAUAAAUGUAAAGAAGUUAUAUUUUAUUUAAAUUUAGCUGUAAGUUUGUUUAGGUUUAAUAGUGUUAAACACAAUUACUUGAAUUAAUUAGGAAAAUCCGAGGCAAAGGUUAUAUAUA